AUGGGUUAUCAUCUUCUGGCCCCCUUCUGCCUGCUGGCCCUGCUGCUGCCCCCUCUCCCUUUGGGAGCCCCCAUGUCCACAGCCGAGUCUGUCAAUCAAGCCUAUAACCUGGCGCUCCACUUGCAGAGGCAGACUUCCACCCUGUUGCAGACUUAUCUCCAGCACCAAGGCACUCCCUUUAGUGAUCCUGACUUCUCACUCCCUGAACUCUCGCUCAGUACCCUGCCUGAUACCGAAAUGUUCUUCGAGACCUGGCAUGGCCUGGAAGAUGAGGUACGUCUGAGCCUCAUCCAGGAGGCCUUCUGGUCCUUGAGCCAGCACCUCCGGCUUGCGAUGCUUGACCAGGAUGACCUCAACCAUGGCAAUUCCAUCAUGGAGGAUCAGCUUUGGGAAGCAAGACUCAAGGCCAAAAGCCUAGCGGGCAACUUGGCCGACAUCAUGACUGCCCUGGGCGUGACCACACCCCCAGCAAACACCCACCUCAGUAAUGUCCCCUUAGGGGACACAGCUUUCCAGAAGAGGUGUCGAGGGUAUGUAAUAAUCCGGGACUUCGGCUUUUGGACAGACCGAGCUGUGACUUUCUUGGGUGAGCUCAAGGACAAAUACUCUCAAUAG